AUGGGUGCACCAUCGACUAUUGACGAGACUUUCGCCAGCUCCUACUCCCUCCAGGGCCCUGAACUCGAGUUCUUCAAGGCUCAGACCGGCAUUCAGGACGAAGAAGAGUUGAAGAAGCAUGUUGUGCACGUCCAGCAAGAGGCCUGGAAGGCAAUUAUUCCGUGCCGAAUGUUCUUGUCCUUUGAAGCUCACCUUGAUGCAUGUAUGGCAUCCAUGUCAGAUUUGAAGUUAGACGCCGAUUUUCUCGUGCUAUUUAGAUUCAAAAUCUCGCGCCUUCCUGCAUAUAAGCAACUUUUGAAACUGGGUAAAGAACGCGAAGGCGCGAUUUUCCUUGACGUGGGUUGCUGCUUCGGCAACGAGAUAAGGAAAGCAGUCUCAGACGGCUUUCCGGGAGAGAAUACCAUCGGCACCGAUUUGCAUGGAGACUUCUUCGAGCUCGGCAAUAAACUAUUCAAGAGCGACUUCCCCGGCCAUUUCAUUCCGGGUGAUGCGCUCGACUCCAACUUCCUCAAGACCGUUCCGCCAUUCUACUCGGCCCCGGAGACCCCUCGGCCUGACCUGCGCUCCCUGAAGACGCUGACUCCGCUUCUGGGGCACGUCUCGGCGAUCAACGCCUCGUCUUUCUUCCACCUCUUCGACGAGCCACAGCAACUCGAGGUCGGGCGUGCUCUCGCGGGGCUGCUUUCGCCCGAGCCUGGUUCGCUCAUUUUCGGCGAGCAUGCCGGCAGGCCAGUCAAAGGCUACCGCACGGAUGGCCUCCCCCGUGACGACGGAUCGUACGAGUUCUGCCAUUCGCCCGAAACCUGGAAGGAGAUGUGGGACGGCGGUGUGUUCGAGAAGGGUACCGUCAAAGCGGAUGCAUUGCUCGUGGAGGUGAAAAGGCCCGACCGAGUGACCGAUGACAACAGAGACGCCGCUCGUUUUUGGGUGAUGGCUUGGUCCGUUGUGCGCCUCUGA